ACUACAUGAGAUAGAUUACCGAUAUGAUCAGAUUGUAACCCGCAUGGUCAAACGCACAAAUGAAGAACUGUAUUCUUCUGUCACCGCACAGAUGGCAUCUGCUCUUUGCUCCUUGCUCCUCCUUUGCGGGAUCUGUGGACUGUUGACCGGAAUCUCCUGUCAAACGUUGAAAGGCUACUGCCCUAAAGGCUGGACUCGGUUGAAUGAUCGCUGUUUCAUCUUCCAACAUGAUCAGAGAACCUUUGCUGAUGCAGAGCACAUCUGCAACAUUCUUGGUGGGAAUCUGGUCUCAAUCAACAAUGCCCUGGAGAACCAAGUGGUUAUUGAACUAAUUCGGGAAGGUGCUGGUGUUUUUGAAGAGACCUGGAUUGGAUACCAUGACACCCUCAUGGAGGGUAACUUGGUGUGGACCGACGGCAGCAGUGGAACUUUCAGUGACUUUGAGCCAGGUGUACCAUUACCACUUGAGGACUGUGUGGACAUCGAGACCCCAUCUGAAAUGUGGCAUGAACACGUCUGCGACGAUCUCAGUCCGUAUGUUUGUGCCAAAAAAGUGCUUGUCAAGGAACACUAAUCAGGCCAUCAUACUUCUUUACUACCUUCUGGAUGAGAAUAAAAAUACUUUCAGGA